CAAUACCCAUUUACUACGAAUGAAUGUGGCUAGCAAUCAUGAGAGCAGCCAGCUAACGAGGUAACUGUCAACCAGAGGGUGAUAUAACUGUUCUAUGAGAAGAUUUUAACGUUGACUCUCACUCUUCAUGUCCGCAGUGGGACAACAUGCUGUGACUGUGAUCGGUGUCCUCCAGUCGCAGCAACAAUGUUGCCCUCAACCAGCACCUUGGUCAGGUCUGCUGUCAGGCUGCUGCUGCCGCGGCGUGACUGGAGUCGAGGAUGUGUUUGGUGUCCGUGCAGAAACAUUUCUGUGAAACCAGGAGGUUUGAAACCAAAGACAGUUCCACCUCGGUACCUGGGUCAGCCCAGCCCGUUCACUCAUCCACAUCUCAUCAAACAUGGUGAGGUGACACCAGGCUUGAGCCAGAUAGAAUAUGAGCUCCGCAGACACCGACUGGCCUCUCUUAUUGAGGCGCAGGCAGACAGGCUGGGACCCUCUGCCUCCUCUGGCACCCAUGUGGUCAUCGUUUUGUCCCAUCCAACCCGCUACAUGACCAAUGACAUCCCUUAUCCCUUCCACCAGAACCAGGAUUUCCUCUACCUCAGUGGCAUCCUAGAGCCUGACAGUGCCUUGGUUCUGUAUGGGAAAGGGAGACCAGAUCAGGCCAUCUUGUUCGUCCCCCGCAGAGACCCAGGGAGAGAGCUGUGGGACGGGCCCCGGUCAGGGAAGGAUGGGGCGGCUGCAUUGACCGGCAUAGAGAGAGUUCAUAGCACUGAAGAACUGGGUAUUGUGCUCAAGGCCCUUAAAGGCACUCUGCUGUGGUAUGACAGUUCUCAGCCUGCACACCCUCGGCUCCACCAGGCUCAUGUGUCUCCUGUGCUGGAGGCGGGGCCGAUGCCACGCUCUCUUAGGCCCCUCAUACACUCUCUCAGGGCCCUCAAGAGCUCAGCAGAGGUGGCACUCAUGCAAGAAGCAGGUCGCAUCACAGCACAGGCUUUUAGGAGGACAAUGACUCUGUCUCAGGGAGACGUGGAUGAAGCUGUGCUCUUUGCUAAGUUUGAUUUUGAGAAUCGGAUCCAUGGCGCCAAUUUCCUGGCCUAUCCUCCUGUGGUUGCUGGAGGGAACCGAGCCAACACUCUUCACUACAUAAAUAACAACCAGAUUAUAAAGGAUGGUGAAAUGGUGCUGCUUGAUGGUGGCUGUGAAUACUUUGGUUAUGUCAGUGACAUCACUCGAACAUGGCCAGUGAAUGGAAAAUUCAGCCCCGCUCAGGCUGAGCUGUACGAGGCCGUCCUGGAGGUCCAGCGCUCCUGUUUGUCUCUGUGUUCCCCGGGUGUCAGUCUCGAUAACAUCUACAGCACCAUGCUGGCUCUGCUGGGACGACAGCUCAGGCAGCUCGGGAUUGUAAAAAGCAGUACCAGUGAUGCUGAUGUAUUGAAGGCUGCUCGGCGGUUCUGCCCCCACCAUGUUGGUCAUUACUUGGGAAUGGACGUCCACGACACUCCGGAGCUGUCCCGCUCACAGCCUCUACAGCCAGGAAUGGCCAUCACUAUAGAACCAGGUUUGUACAUCUGCGAGGACAACGACCAGGCACCGGCGCGUUUCCGUGGCCUGGGCGUCAGGAUUGAGGACGAUGUUGUGAUCCGAGAAAAGGGAGGCCCCCUGAUUCUGUCCUCUGACGCGCCAAAGACCAUUGCAGAUGUAGAGCAGGCCUGUGCCCAGAGAUAGGGCAGGGAGAGACAGACAAGUGACCAAGUGAGCCACGGAGCUGACGGAGGGCAGUGUGCUGUGCUUUUUAACUGUCUCCACGACGAUGAGGUCACCAGGCUCAGGGCCCAGGUGUAUGAAAGGUGGGGGUGCGCCGCAAGACUCUAGUUUUCUCAUCUAGUCUCAUUUAGAAAUCUGGUAUGGAAGCUUUAGAGAUUUUGUGACCUGCAGGAAAACACGUGAACUCAUCAUUUAACAAGACGUGCACUCAUGUUCAAUCUUUGAAACAAUUUAUGCAUAAAACAAACUUCUUCAUCUGCUAAAUUCCAAUGUGUCCACUUAAUUUGAAUAACCUGGAAAUUCCCCUGACACUUAUAUUGGAAGUGCAUUAGAGAGGGGUCUUUUAAUUGCAUAAGAGGAAUCAUUAAAGCAGGUAAAACCUGUUUCACUACACAUACUAUAUGAACAUGUGAUCCAUUCAAGAUACACCUACAGUAAAGGCAGAUUUAGUUGUAUGUUACAGUGUAGCUUUGGUGCCUGUGCACGUACACCACAGACAUGCUCCUUCUCAGGGCUGUGACUACACAUCAGGGUACAGCCACAUAGAGACUGACCCUAAGCAUAUAAAUUUACUGGAUCCAGUAUUGUGAUGGUGCUAUCAGCAGGUGAAAUCCAAUGCUGAAUUGUAAAUCAAAACCCUUGAACCACAGUUAACCUCUUGCAUCAAGCAUGUACUCAACAACCAUGGAGGCAUAUUUAUUAUCAAAACCUGCAGUUUUUGCUCCACACCAUGUUUUUCAGAAUAGCCUCCAUCAUGGCACACUGGGUAAAUGUUUGUUUGUUGUCUUGCUCAAAAAACUUCUAAAGCCUUUAUACACACACUUCGUUUGUUUUGUUACACACAAAAACGCAUCGGUCUCUCUCACCUCAUGCUACAAUACAAAAGAUCAAAACACCAGAUGUUGAACUGUAGGACGGUCCAAUCAGCAGACUGCCGUGUUUUAGCACACAGGUGAUGAGUAAAGAGGAAGCCGUACACAACAGCUGCUCCUGAUGAAGCCUGAUGAUUAGAAUUAUCACACCAAUGCAGUGAAAUGUGAAAGUGUACUGUAUGUAUGUGUCUGGGAAUUUUGUCUUAACAUAAGAGAGAAAAUGUGUUUGUAUGUAUUAAAAAGAUCUCUUUCUUUCAUAACUAA